AUCAAAAGAAAUAAAAGAAAGAAACUUUCGUGGCUGUUUCUCUCUCUCUUCCUCUCUCUAUCUGUACAAAAUCUAAGCGUCUUUGACUCUUCUUUUUCCUUUUGAGUUUUCGAUUUUUUGGGGUUUUAAUUUCUUGUAAAUCCUUUCCAUUUCCUUGUUCAUUCCUAAAAGUCAAAUAAGAAAAGAAAAAUUCUAUAUAUUUGUACAUACUGUAGCUCCUUUGUUUUCCUUCUGUGCUUUUAUAAUUAUAUCUCCCCGGAAAACAAUAGAAAGUCUCUCGAAUCUUUCAUUUCUUUGCUUCUUUAUUUAUUUGAAUAAUUAUAAAACUGAAUUUGAGUUUUCUUUUCUGGGUUCUUUUUAACCCGUCUUAAUCCAAUUAGAUCUAUCAACAAAUUCGUUGUUUAAAAAGCUUAAAAUUUGCGGGUGUUUAGGAUAAAUUAGUGAGUCUUUGUAGAAAUUUGGUUCAACUAAAACAUUUUAUUUGAUUUGGGUUACUUGAUCCGAACAUAAAAAUCUAAUCUUUACAUAGCCAUGGCUGUUUCAACAAUAGCUUUAUAUGCAAGUCCACCUAGCAGUGUGUGUUCUGCACCGCACCCAUGUCAAAUCAACUCUCACGGAUCCUAUGAUUUUGAUUUGAAUUCAAGAUCUUCAUCUACUGCUUCUUCUAGUGCAUCUUCUACACAGAAAUCUAUAGUCGGUGGCUUGUCUUGUUUGUUUUCAUCUUCAAGUGUAAAACAUGCAUCCUUUUCUGGUGAUAGAGAGGAAUUGGGGUCUUUAUGGCAUGAUAGAGGAGAUGAAUUGAAGGAAUUGAGCAGUUCAUUUCGUUAUUCCCCAAGUAAAUAUCUUGGUGGUGGGUCUUCUAUUAAGAGAGAUCAGAGUCCAAUUUCAGUGUUACAAUGUCCAGUCUCUGGUUCGAGUAGUCCUCCUAUGAGGAUUGCUCGAGACAGGAGUGGUGAUUUGGGUUUUCAAAGCUCAUUUCGUGGUGGGGCUAAUGGAUUGUUUAAUGGAUUUGUGAGACAUGCUUUAGGAUCAUGUGUUGAUUAUGAUUCGCCGAGUUUUGAGGUUGAUAAUGCCGUGACUGAUGUGGGUUCUUCGUCUGUUGCUGUGGAUGAAUUGACAUUUAAUAUGGAGGAUACUUUUGUGGAGGCUAAUAAUGAGCCUUAUGCUAAAGAAUUGCUAUUAGGUGCACAACUGAGGCACAAAAUCUUUUGUGAAGAUUUUGUUAUUAAGGCUUUCUAUGAGGCUGAGAAAGCACAUAGAGGACAGAUGCGGGCAAGUGGAGAUCCUUAUUUGCAGCAUUGUGUGGAGACUGCAGUUUUACUCGCGAUGAUUGGGGCUAACUCUACAGUGGUUGCUGCAGGGCUUUUACACGACACUCUUGAUGAUUCUUUUUUAAGCUAUGACUACAUAUUUAGGACAUUUGGAGCAGGGGUAGCUGAUUUGGUGGAAGGGGUCUCUAAGCUUAGUCACUUGAGUAAGCUUGCACGUGAGAACAAUACCGCAGACAAGACUGUUGAAGCAGAUCGCUUGCAUACUAUGUUCCUUGCGAUGGCAGAUGCCAGAGCUGUCUUGAUAAAAUUAGCAGAUCGAUUGCAUAAUAUGAAGACGCUAGAUGCGUUACCUUUGGUCAAACAACAGAGGUUUGCUAAGGAGACUCUGGAAAUAUUUGCACCAUUGGCGAAUCGUCUAGGAAUCUCCAGUUGGAAAGAGCAACUAGAGAAUCUGUGUUUUAAGCAUCUCAACCCAGAUAAGCACAGAGAUUUGGCCUCUAGACUGGUGGAAUCUUUUGAUGAGGCAGUGGUUACUUCUGCAACAGAGAAAUUAGAGCAGGCUCUUAAGGAUGAUGACAUUUCAUAUCAUGUUCUUUCUGGACGGCAUAAAAGCUUGUAUAGCAUAUAUUGCAAAAUGUUGAAGAAGAAGCUGAACAUGGAUGAGAUUCAUGAUAUCCACGGGCUACGUCUGAUUGUUGAAAAUGAGGAAGACUGUUAUAGGGCAUUGAGAGUUGUUCACCAGUUAUGGUCAGAAGUGCCUGGGAAAUUCAAGGACUACAUAAGUCGCCCCAAGUUUAAUGGGUAUCAAUCCCUUCAUACGGUAGUAAGGGCUGAAGGCAUGGUGCCGCUUGAAGUUCAGAUUCGUACAAAGGAGAUGCAUUUGCAGGCUGAAUGUGGAUUUGCAGCUCAUUGGAGAUACAAGGAAGGUGAUUGCAAGCACUCUUCAUUUGUGCUUCAGAUGGUUGAGUGGGCACGGUGGAUUGUCACCUGGCAGUGUGAGACAAUGAGCAAAUAUCGAUCUUCUGUUGGCCAUGCUGAUUCCAUAAAGGCUCCAUGUGCAUUCCCAACUCACUCUGAUGAUUGCCCAUUCUCUUACAAGCCUCACCGCGGCCAGGAUGGACCUGUCUUCAUCAUCAUGAUUGAGAAUGAUAAGAUGUCAGUGCAAGAGUUUCCUGCAAACUCAACCAUGAUGGAUUUGCUGGUGAGGGCUGGGCGGGGAAGCUCAAGAUGGUCCCCAUAUGGGUUUCCAGUGAAGGAAGAAUUGAGGCCAAGGUUGAAUCACAUGCCACUGAGUGAUGCAACAUGCAAGCUCAAGAUGGGGGAUGUGGUGGAGCUUACACCAGCCAUACCCAACAAAUCUUUGACAGAGUGCAGGGAAGAGAUUCAGCGCAUGUAUGACCGUGGAUUGAAUACUGUUUCGAGCACAGCAACAGCAGCGAGUGGGAUGGCUGGUUGGAGAAGUUGACCUUUGCGAAUAGUUUCUUAAGUAGCAUACCAUUAGUGACAAUUGCUUAUUCUUGUAUAUACAUAUGUUUGUACAGAACAGCUACAUGGUUAUGGUAUGAGGACUUGAUAACUAACUAGAUUCAAAAAAAGCCUCAAAAAAAUUGAUUUUCAAAGAACGCAGUAUGAAAUGCAUGCUGAUGCUGAUGUAUUUUUUUACGUUUCCUCUUGUGAUAGCAAUAUUGUAAUAUGUGGAAACUGGCCUGUUUAUUUGAAAUGUAUUCGAACUGUAAAAGCUUGAAGCA